AUGAAAGAAUUCUUCCUCGGAAAAGUCUUCAAGAGAAAGAAGAAAGUAUCUCUGGACAGCACCUCAGACCUGCAGGUCAAGACAUUAACAGACAUUCACAAUGGCACAGUCAAUGGUCUGGAUCAGCUCCAGACAAUAUACAAGAAGGUGAGCAAUGUGGCAGGCUCCAUUGAUGAACAAGGUAACUGUGUCUGUGUGAUCUAUCUUCCCAAUAGCCUCAUUCCCCUGCAGCAAAUAGAAAAGCUACAGAAUACUGCAGAAGAGCUUGUGAAGAAGUAUGAGUUGGAGCUUUCCAAAAUGGAUGAGCACACUCAGGCCAUCAGGGCCCAAGAGAAGACAAUGCUAGAGCUCAUCCAGCACCUAGAAUGGAGACAACAGGAUUCUGAAUCAGAGUCUGAGUCUGGCCACACCUCCUACCCCUCUAUUGAUCAUCAGUGGGAAAACCUUAGGUGGCAGCUGUUAGAAGCAGAGAAGCUGCUGACCCAACUCAAAGCCCAGGCAAGGGUGAUGGGAAAAGGCAACAGUAAUGAUAGCACCCUCCAAAGGGUCCAUGGACAGGUGCAAAAUGCUAGCAUCAUACUACAAUAUUUGGUCAAUUCACAAGAAGACAACUUACGGACCACUCUCCACAAGUUGAGUGCUUUGGAAAGCCAGUUGAGUGACUGUGAGAAACAGAAUCCUGACCUUCAAACCCAGAAUCUUUCUUCUGGCUCCUGUGCCCAUGGCACCUUGCUAAGUGUCAGUCGUCCCCUUGUUGUCCAACUCAACUGGCGUGGGUUCUACUACAAGGCUGGUGCCUGGGGUCGUGACACUGGACUCAAUCUCACUUCCUCUCUCUACUGGGUGGCCCCACUUCGUUCUGAUGGCAGGUAUUUUGACUACUACCGUCUACAUCAGUCUUAUGAUGACCUAGUACUGUUCAAGGACUAUAAGGAAUGGAAGAUGGGUUAUGGGGAUGGGAGUGGCAAUACAGUCUACAAAAACUUCAUGUAUUUUAAUUACUAUGGCACUGGUGACAUGGCCAAAGUGGACCUGGCCACCAACACCCUGGUACUUCGCCAGCCCCUACCUGGAGCUACUUAUAAUAAUCGAUUUUCAUAUGCUGGUGUGCCUUGGAAAGACUUGGACUUUGCUGGGGAUGAGAAGGGGUUAUGGGUAGUGUACUCCACAGAGGAGAACAAGGGUAAUCUGGUGGUGAGCCAACUCAAUGCUAGCACCCUUGCUGUGGAGAAGACCUGGCGGACAGGACAAUACAAGCCAGUGGUAUCUGGAACUUUCAUGGCCUGUGGAGUCCUUUAUGCACUGCGUUCCUUGAGUACCCGCCAGGAGGAGAUAUUCUAUGCCUUUGACACUAACACUGGGCAGGAGUACCACCUCAGUAUCCUUCUGGACAAAAUGCUUGAGACACUGCAGAGCAUCAACUAUAGCCCCUUGGAUCGAAAACUUUAUGUCUAUAAUGAUGGCUAUCUUGUCAUGUAUGACCUUGUUUUCCAGAGGUCUCAAACACUAUCAUCUGCCAAAGGUGCAAAGGCAGGGCCCAAGGGCACAUAGGGAAUAAAAGUUUAGGUCCCAGAGUUUAGGGAUUGAGGUGGGGAAAAGCCCUAGGAAAUCUCAGUCUUUGCAUCUCCUUUUUGGUUCUUCUCUCUCCCUGCACCUUGGUGACUAGAGAAUAUUGAUCAAAUCAAGUUACUUAUUCAAAAUCAAAUAGUCAAGGGACAUAGCAAUUAGUCAAGGAGAUCACUAGAUUUAAGUAUCCUCUUCAGGCUCCUUAUAGCUCUAGUCUGAGCUCUGUAAAAGUGCUGCUUUUGGUGUCAGGAAGCCUUCCUUUUACCCAGGCAUUGUUCUAUACUCUCUUGGUAAGUGCUAGUUGUUAUUAGAUGGAGAUAACACAUAUUAGACUACCUAUCUUCCAUAAAUGAGAAGAAAGAAUUCUUUAACUUCUUUAAAAUUCAAUAAAAUUUAAGCCAUUAUUUUUCAGUAAUCAAUGUGGUUGUCUCACUUUUGGGUCUGAUAAACUGUGAAUCUAUAAUUUUAUGGUCUACAAUUCUAGGAUAUGUGAAUCUAGAAUCUGUAGUUCUUGCAUUUAGAAUUCUAGGGUCUAGGUUGAUGCGGGUGAAUGUGAAAGUAGAUGAUAUAUAAAGUCACUUUCUGUAAUCAGGAUAACAAUCACAGCCCACAGUUCUAGAAUGACUGUACCAUGCUGAUAUACUAUGCUGUGCUUCCUUACAAUAGCCCUAUAGCACUCAUUGUGUGUAAGGCAAUUAAAUUGUCAUUACCUAUAUUUUACAAAGGAGAAAAUGAAGUUUCUGAGAGUAAUUCCAGGGGAGUACUUCACUGGAAAUUCUCCACUGUACUGCUCUCUGUAUUUCAAAAUAAUGUUACCAAAAAUGCCUCCUAUAUAUACAGAAACACCUUUUUGGACCUUGUGAGGAUGAGGAGGGAGGAGGAUAUCAGAUCUUCCUUGCCUAGGGAUUUCUAAGUAAAUGGUUGGAUUUUCAAAUACCUGAUAGGCUCUCCCUCCUAAACAUUCAGUCUGUAUUCUGGGUAAGUGACUACCUAUUGGAAAGUAACAUUUGUGCUAAUAAGUCUUCUGGUCUGAACAAAGAGUGAAAAGUUAACAUGUUUUUUCAGUCACUUAUGCUCCCUCCCCAUCCCCAACUGAAAAUUAUUAUUAGAAUUUAUAAACAUGUGUUAAAUAUGUGUGGGAUGGCAACCCCUGACUGAAAAUGACUACUCAAUAUCAAAGUGAAGAUCAGAAGUUUUAUUAGACUCUCGGGAGAAGUGGGCAAUCGGCUCACUGAGUAUCAGAGAGGAAAAACUGAUUUUACAGAGGCUAAGAGAUGAUUUAAAUGGUAAAGAAAAAAAAAAUUACAGAAACUAUUCACCCACCCAUCUCCUGUUAAUCCUCCUAAAAUCAUUGGCAAACUUGACCUUUAAUCCUUUAUUUGUCUUUGGAAUAUAGGUGAGCUUUUGUGGCACUAAGGUCCUAGUUAAGCAAUAUCUGGCUUUAAAAAAAAAGGGUCUGUUCUGCUUCAAAAGUUAAUAAUCCUGUAAGUCAGAGGGGUUAAAGGUUUCGAAAAUAACUAAGAAGACCUGGUUUUACCGCAGGCUUUUCUCAAUCAACAAAUAGAGAUUAGCAAUUUGUAGACUUCUCCACUAUCUCCAGGCCAUUAAAUAAUUAGGCAGGUUCUUCUCUAAGCAGUUCUCUCUUAAAUGUUUUCUGUUGAAAAGUCUUUGUUCUUCCCAGAGCCUAAUGAUUAAAUCCUUGGUGCU